AUGGCCGCGUCCACUCGCUUAUCCAUCGGCGCCGAGGGCUUGUACGAGGCCGACAAGAACUCAGGGGAGCCCGAGAACACCUAUAUUCUGAGGCCCAUUUUUCAGCAAAGGUUUAGACCCUCUGUGGUUAAAGACUGCAUCCAUGCCGUGCUCAAGGAAGAAUUGGCAAAAGCUGAAUAUUCUCCAGAUGAUAUGCCAUAUCUCACAAAACAUCUGUCAGAAGUCAUUAAAGAUAAACUAAAAGAAUUGGGAUAUGACCGGUAUAAAAUGGUGGUACAAGUAGUGACUGGAGAACAGCGGGGUGAAGGAGUAUUCAUGGGUGCUCGAUGUUUCUGGGAUGCAGACACUGACAACUACACUCAUGAUGUCUUCAUGAACGACAGCUUAUUCUGUGUUGUAGCAGCGUUUGGUUGUUUCUACUAUUGAAUCUUUGGAAAGAGUGACUGUGAUUAUGAAGAAACCUCGACAUUUUUAUAUUGCUAAAUAUCCUGACCAAAUAAAAAUAAGUUGGUACUUUGGCACCUAAAA